ACACAAGAGGGCGUUGUCAUCCUCUACUACUAUUCCUUUCCUAUAUAUAAUCCAACUUCCAUGUUCCCUCGCAGCCACCUUGUGCUAUAGGAAUCCAAGAGGAAAGCACAGGAUGAACGCCGCCGAUGAUGAACUCCUGGAGGCGCUGGUCAUCAUGUUCACAGUGAUCACUUCUGGGCUUUUGGUCAUCAUGGCAGUUUUCAGAAUCCCGAGCCAUUUCUCGGCUCUUCCAAGUGUUCUUGCGGCAUUUGGGGCGUCGGGUUUGAUCCGGGUGAAGAUGCUGAACUUCUGGCUCCAGCGCACGGGCCGCUUGGACCAAAUGUUUUCUCUGAUGCAAAUACAUCUGUUAGAGAUUGCUUCAUUUCUGAUGCUGCUUCUGAUACUGCUAUUUUCUGUCAGACCUAACCGACCAAAUUAUUGGCAAGGUACGCACUCGUCGGGGUCGGUGACGGCCGAAUGGUUUCGCCACCUCGCAAGUUCAUCUGUGCUGCUAUUCGUGGCCGGGCUAGCCAUCACGGGAUACGGCAUGGGUGUGUUCUUCGCCGGGGCCGCGCCGACUGUCUUCUUCCAUGGUGGUGGCUCGGGUGUCCACUUCAUUACCCUUGGCUUGGUAGUGGUCAUAGCCGGUGUCUGGUUACUCCGUGGCCGCGCGGGGCACCUGGCUGGUGUUCCUCUGAUCCUUUACACUUUGAUGCUCCUGGGUGCCACUUAUGCUGCAGGCGACUAGUAGUAGGGAAUAGUUAUUCCUAGUACUUGGUGUUCACUUUUCACUGCAAAUGUAACGCAUUACUUAAAAAAAACAUUUUUAGGGCCAGCUGAAAACAUAAUUUUUUAGGGGGCA